AGCGUCUAAUGCAUGCUAACAAUCUUGUAGUACUGGACUUUCUUGUGUUUUUCUCAUCCUUGGCUUGUCGCAGGCUUUGAAGGCUCGACCUAAUGCGCUUUCUACUCCUACCCAUAGUACCUUAGGAGCUUAGUGUUAGGAGUUGCACCGAUGCGUUCCAGAAUUGCAGAUCCGCGACAGACGCAAGCGGCGAACGACCGUGGCCACACACUACUACGUUUCGGACGGCGCAAUAGCGCACGAUGGAGCCGUCAUAGCGUUCGAUUAAUUGCAUCGCAUGCAAUUGGGCGGCAGACCCCUGGCGGCAGUACCUCCAACAACUCCAAAACCUACGACUAUGACGAAUUCGGCGCUGACGACAAUGACGACAGCAGCAGCUCCCCAUUCUACAAAGCGUACGGCAAGCCUGCCGUACCCCGCGGCGGUGCCGACCCAGCCCCUCCGCCACGAACCCCUACCAGCGAGGCCCGCAUGGCGCGCAUGUUGGAUUUGUUAGACGAGGAUGCCCGGGACAAUCCGGACGCCGCAGCGCUGGCGGAAGUCAUUCGCGCGAAACAACGUGCGGCUGAGCAACGCGCACGCACUGCAGCGAUCUCAUCCUCUGCUGCCGAGGCAUCACGCCGCCGCGCCGCCGUGGAGAACUACCUCGCGGGUCGCGGUCUGGGAUCCAUCAGUUCCUUCCGUGAGCUGGCUGAGGAGGAGCUGGAGCGCACGCAGCAGGAGCUGGAGGAGGCAGACCUGGCCGCCCUGGAGACGCAGGUGGCAGCAGUGGGUGCGGACCUGGAGGCGGACUGGGCGGCGGUGGAGGGCGGCCGCACCACCACUGGAUGGGCCAGGACGGCAGCAGCGGGAGGGGGAGCAGCGGGAGGAGGGGGCCGCGGCGCGCCGGCGGAUGGGCUGCUGGCGCCGCCAUCUAACCCGCAGGUCCAGCGGCUACGGGCCCAGGCGGAGAGGGCGGCACGCCCGAAGAAGAGACGCACCCUCUUCGAGCCUGCAGCUGGCGGCGACAGCAGCGACGACAGCGAGGACGACGCUGACUACCGGUACGGCGGUGGCGGCGGCGGCAGCGCUGCCGUACAGAAAUCGUUAGCCCCACGGCCGGCACUGCCACCGCCGUUGAACCCCUUCCUGCUGCUGCCCAAACGCCCCGGGGACGCUGCGGGUGGCGGACCCACAGACCUCGACACGCUGCUUGACAACUUGUACGAAGAAACCAACCAACCUGACGUCGUACCGCCGUUGUCGUACAAGUCCGAAGAUGACAAGUACGACGACGACGGUUAUGAUGAGUACGGCAACCGCCGUCCUGGUUUCAUGGACGCCAAGGAGCGCAGUGCGGACUACGAAAGAAAGGUGGUGAAGGCCCUGCGAGGAGCGCUGUUUGGGCCCGAUGGUAAGGCCCAGUUGACAGCGAAGCCGGAACGUAAGGGAUCUGCGCCGGCACCUGGCAAGGCGGCGACAACAUGGCCGUCUACAGCUCCUACAUCUCGUCCUAAGGCAUCAGCGCCGUCCGCCUCCUCGACCCCAGCAACUGAUUACGAUGCGUUGAUGGAUCUGUUGGAGGCCGUGGGCGAGGACUUGGAACGAGAUCUGGAUCUGGGUUUGGAUUCUGAAUCGGAGGGCGGCAACGGUAGGGGUACGGGUACGGCGGACAGGGUGCUGCAGCCGCCGCCGGUGAAGAAGCCGCAACUGCUGACUCGGCCCAGCAGCGUUGCGAGCGGUGGUGGUGGUGGUGCUGUGGGUGCUGGUGCUGUUGCAAAGCCAGUACUUACAGGCAGCAAUACGGGUGUGGAGUCGCGCGGAAAGGCAGCUGGGAGCCUUGGCAGCAGCAGCAGCAGCAGCAACCGUAGCAGCAGCAGCAUGAGCAGUGGCAGUGGUGGCGGCAGUGCUGCCGCUGCGGGUGGGCUGGCGGAUAGCGACGCGCUGUUCCUAGAGGAGUUGUUGCAAGGUGACAUGUUCGCAGACAGGCCUUCCAGCACCACCAGCAGCGGAAGAGGAGGGCUAGGCGGCCUCACCGACCCAUGGGACAUCUUGGCAGCAGAGCCGGCGGUGGCACCUCCUGCGGCAGCAGCAGCACCUGGGGCCUGGGGUCCGCCUCGCCCUUCCCUGGAGUCAAAACCCGUUCCCCGAGGCCGAAUGCUCGGAAGCAACAACGUAGCCGCCGCUACUGCUGCUGGUACUACUGCUUCUGCUUCUCGCAAACCAGACCUGCCAGCUAAGGACAGUGGCAACCGCAGCAGCAGCAGCGGCGGUGGUAAGCAGCCGCCACCGCAAUCGCAAUUGCAGCAGCAGCCGGCUGCCUCGUCCUUUUCCUCGGCACAAGCGCAGUUACGGGCGCGGCAGGAGCAGGAUGAGCUGUUACGGGGUAGCUGGAGCAUGUAUGAGGAUGAGGACGAGGAUGAGGAUGCUGACGACCUUGCCGAUGAGGACUUGGAGGAUGAGGUCGAGCAGCACGAGCAGCGCUGGCGGCAGGGCGCUUCGACGGCGGCGCAGCCGAAACCACAGCUGCUGGCACGACCGGAAAAACACGUUGCUGCGCCUCCUGUUCGUGACUCAGCAGCAGCCGGUGCCGGACCUCGUGGCAGCAGUAGCAACACCAGCACCAGGGGUAAGAAGACGGCGGAGGCGGCGGCAGCAGCAGCAGCUCGGCUGAGCACUCGUGACCUGGAGUCCCUGCUGGCAGAUCUAUCGGACAGUGAUAAUGAGGACAGUGAUGUUGAUGAUGUUGAUGAUGAUCUCUUGUACGAUAGCUUGUACGGCAGCCUCGAAGCAGAUCCGCCAGCGCUGGCGGCAACACCCACGCCCCCGUCGCGGGUGGUACCCCUGGCGAGGCCCAGCCGGCAAGCGGCCCGGCCCGCCGCUGAGACGGUAGCUGAGACGUCCUCCAGGCUCCCCAGCAUCACAGGCAAAUUACCAAGCGCUGAUAGCGCUGCUGAUGCCGCAGUUCCUGCGGCUGCACCGAAGUCAGCCGCUCAGGCCGCGCUUUCAGCUGCCGGAUCUGACCACCCUCCGGCACCCAAGGCCACAGCGGCGGAGCUGGAGGCAGCUAUGGCGGACGCGGCGGCGGUGCUGUCUAACCCCAGUAACGUUGCCAAGCUGGGGCGGCUGGAGGGCAAGAUGCGGCUGGGUGCACCGCCGCCACGGCUGCAGAGCGCCACCAAGAAGCGGGUUGUGGAGGCAAGGAAGGAAGUUGACUUCACACAGGAGAAGCUGGCAGGCGCAGGCGGCUACCCCGCGGCUGCUGCGGAUGAGGAUGAGGUCGAGGGGGAUGAGAAUGCCGCCUUGUGGCCCGCAGCUGUUGCCGGGGACUCAGAAGCCGAGGGCGAGCAGGCGGUGAACAGGAGGGAGGGGAAGGAGGAGGAGGAGGAGGCAGUGGAGGGCGAGCAGCCGAGUGUUGCAGCAGCGGCUGCAGCAGCAGCGUUGAGCGGGGCUUCCGCAGCCGGAAGGGCCACAGCGGCAGAGCUGCAGGCGGCUAUGGCGGAUGCGGCAGCGGUGCUGUCUAACCCCAGUAACGUUGCCAAGCUGGGGCGGCUGGAGGGCAAGAUGCGGCUGGGUGCACCUCCGCCACGGCUGCUGAGCACGGCCGGUGUCAAGAAGCCGCCGAAACCCGCCACCCACCGGGCUGUGUCCGAGACUGUGGCGGCACCGACUAGCCCCCCUCCGGGGGCGGUGAAGGCUGGUGAGGCGCCCGGCGCUGCUGCGGCAGGACGGCAUCAUGCGGGGCAGCAUGCGGAUGGAACCCACUCGGGUGGUUUCCGGAAGCAGGAGGCGAGGAAGGAGGUGGCGGCAGAGGACGAGGUUGCACAGCGGUAUCAUCCGGAGGCCGUGGUGGCCGUAACGGACCCAACCGCGCCUCCGCCAGACGCCGUGACGCGGGGAGGGGCGGCGGCGACCGGAGGCGCUUCGGCUUCGGAGCUGGAGGCAGCUAUGGCGGAUGCGGCAGCGGUGCUGUCCAAUCCCACUAACGUUGCCAGGCUAGAGCGGCUGGAGGGUAAGAUGCGGCUGGGGACGCCGCCGCCACGACCGCCGCCGGGGCGCAAGGGCACGGCGUCGGAUACCACCACCGCCGCCGCCACCAACACGGCUGCGGUGGCUGCUGCAACUGCGGCGGCUACUCGGCGGCCGCCGCGGCAGCAGCGGCCCAGAAGUGCUGCGAUUGGGAAGACGCUUGCUGAUAAUGUCGACGACGUGAUGGUGGUGGCUGCUGCUGGGGAGAAGGAAACCGCGACGAAGACGCAGCAGCAGCGGCAGCAGCAGCCCCGGGAGACAUCGGCUGUGACGGGAUCCGGUAGCGAAAUACAACCGCCACAACCGCCGUCGGCGGCCCCGUCGGCCAAAUCCGCGCAGGAAGUUGAGCAGGCUGCCGCAACCGCCGCGGCAGCGCUGCGGGAACUGGCAGCGGCGCAACGUCUGCGACAGCAGCAGCAGCAGGAGCAGCACGCAGGCGAUUCAGGCUCCUCCUCCUCCUCCGCACCGCACAACUCUGACAACACAGCCGCAAACGCAUCCGAGGCCGCAGCAGCGGCAGCCGUAUACACCGCAAGACCCGCUCGACGCUCUAUGCGCACUGCUACCCCGGACCCUGCCCCGGCCUCCUCCUCCUCCUCCACCCUCACCGCAUCAUCCCCGCCUACUUCCUCCAAUGGUAUCGGUAACGACGACGAGCUUCCUGUCGGCCGCUACUCGCCGCGCGGGCAGCAGCAUCAACGCCAGCAGCAGCAGCAGCGCCAUGCUGAUGGUAAAGUGCCGGUCAGCGGCGGGGGCUAUCUGUACGACAGCACCCUCAGUGCGGGUCCAGGCGGCGGUGCGGAAGAGGAAGAGCGGUUGGCUAUGGGCUUUGAAGCCGCUGAGCGGAGUAUCGGUGCUGCUUACUGGGGCUUUGAGCAGCGAGGCGAUUGGCAACACCGCCGUCGCCGCGCCAAGCAACGUGAGGGCGCUUUUCGGUACUUGCAGUACGGCGGAGGCGAGGACGGCGGCGGCUACCAGACGUCUUUCGGGAGCAGCUGGGAGCACGAUGGGGGCUACGUUGGAGACCAAGGGAGCAACGAGCCACCCAGUCGCGACGCACCCAAGGACGACAGGGACCCCUUCAUAGGGCUGCCGUACGGAGGUGUCAGCGAUGAUCUUGAUGUGCUUAAUGCCUUAGCCGCGUACUACGGUGCUAGCGCCGAUGACAAUUUCGGUGCCUCACAGUGGAAGCAGGAGCAAGCAGGAGGUUCUGGCUCCGCAGGAAGGAAGCAGAAGGGAGGGGAGGGUGCCGCGGCGGGGGCGUCGUAUGAAGGCCGUGGCAAGGCGGCUGCGAGGGGAGUGAGGGCUGGAAGGGGAAGGGGCGGAAGGGGUGGAAGAGGAGGAGCAGCCGUUACGGCAGCGGCGGCGGUCCGGCCCUGGAAACCCGGUCGGGCUUGGCUGGCGCCGGUUCCGUUGCCUGGGAGCGAUGGGACCCCUGAUUCCGAAGGGGCGGCGGGGGACGCUGCAGGAGCGGGGGUCACUGAGGCUGAUUUGGAUUUGUGGUACGGCAAGCCGGCCGGCAUCAACCCCCGUAAACUUGCUGCUGACGAAGAAUUAGGCCAGGGGAAAAGCGACUCGCCAGGGGGCGCUGCAGGUGCGGCAGCGGUGGAGGAUUUUGACCCUAACAAGGCGCUUGAGGAAGCAGUGAAGAGAUAUGAUACCUACUGGGGCCUUGGUGGCGGCUACUCUUCGUACGGAUCCAAGCAGGGGCGUCAGAACCACCGCCGCAGCAGUGGUAUAGGCUACCGUGGCCCCCAGGAGCGCAAAUACGUCACUGAGGCUGAUAUUGAUGCGUGGUACGGCAAGCCGGCCGGCAUCAACCCCCGUGACCUUGCUGCUGACGAAGAGUCCGGCCAGGGGAAAAGCGACUCGCUAGGUCGCCCCGAACCAGAGGAUCCGGUAUGGGCUUACGAACUGUACGACGGCCCAGCGUCCAAGACCCCAACCAGUAGUGGUUAUGCUGGCGGCGGCGACGCAGAGCCGCAGCAGCAGCAUGAGCCGCAGCGGCCACCGCAACAGCAGGAGGAUGCUGGGUCACCCCAAGGGAGGUCACCCCAAGGGAGUUCGGUUCCGGAGGCGUCGAAGCGGCAGGAGGCCGCUGGGCUCGCAGCCAAGGAGGUUUCCCAUCCCCGAAUGGGUGCUGGGGAGUCGGGAAGCGGCCCAGCGACGCUAGCAGCUGGUGCUGCAGCGGAUUCUUUCCCAGACGGCGAUGACGAUGGACCCAUGGGUCAGUCGGGCGGUUUUCCGCGGCGGCCAGUGGUGAUGGCUCUGGGGGUGGAGCAUGGGGAGUGGGCGACGUCGUUUGGAGGUGGGGACGGGGGCGGGGGCAGCAGGGGAUCUGAUAGCCCGGCGUCUCCACUAGAGGAGCAGCAGCAGCAGCAAGAUGGGGGGCAGCAGCAGCAGCAAGAUGGGGGGCAGCAGCAGCAGCAAGAUGGGGGGCAGCAGCAGCAGCAGCAGGGCUUCAGGAGUGAGCAGGAGCCGCAAGGACGUUCGCAACUCCCACAAGGUCAGCCAUCGCACGAGCAAGACUGCUCCCAAACGCCGUCAGGACAGUUUGGUAUUGAUCAGGAUAUUGGGGAGCUGUUUGGUUUCGGAGACGAGGGCCCUCUGAUCGUGCACCAGGUCGCCAAGUCCGCCCCCCAGCCGCACUCCCACUCCAACUCCAACUCCAACUCCAGCGAUGGCGAUGGCGAUGGCGGCGGCUUGCGGGGAGGGCUGCCACUGCUGCUGGGUCUAGAGGGUCGGGCAUACCAGGAGAGGGAUCUGCCGGUGCCUACCGGUAACAGCGCUGAUGAUGAGGUGCAUGAGAGCGCCCAGGAAGGGCGACCCGCGCGGCUUAGCCACGCGGCACCCCCGGAAGAACAACAUGCAGGGCAGGAGAAGGAGUUGAGGUUGAGUCCGGAGGACGGCAGCUGGGAGGAAGGGCUGGCACGGUUGGAGCGCGUUCCUCAUCCCCGUCGCUCCGUUGCUGCGCCCUCCUCAACCCACCGCUCCUUACCUACUCCGACUGUCGGUUCGCCUGCAACGACAUCGUCCUCCGCCGCCGUCCCGGCCUUCUCCUCCCAGUGGCGUAACAGCAGCCCCACGCCCCUCCUGCCUCGCCACCCCAAGCCGCCGCAGCCGCAGUCGCAUCCUUCACGUGACGAGUCUAUGAGUAGCUUCAACGGGGUGCCUGCCACUGGCCCUGCAACAGCGACAGCAGGAGCAGCAGCAGCAGCUGCCACCCCCUUCCCCUCAGCCUUCAGCCCCAGUCGGGCGCAACCCAUACAGACACACAGCCUCAACUUGCUUCGAAAGCUGCUGCCGUUAGGCGAGCUGUUUAAUGGCACGAUCCUGUCGUACGACAGAUCCACUCACACCGCCUUUGUGGACUUUCCGUACCUAGCCGAGCUAGGUGUACGGCAACCUGUCUCCAUGACAGCUGAUCAGCUGCUAGGCGGGCGGGACUGGGGGGCGGUGCUGCGAGAGCUGAGGGAGGGGGAAAGACCCAUGGGUCACUUGGACUCGGGAGCGGCGGCUGUGGCCGCAGCGAACGCUGCGGAAUGGGAUGAGAUGGGAGCAGCAGUAGCUCCAGGAACGGGGUCAGCAGCAGCGGGAGGAAAGGAAGAGCCGGCAGGGCUGGAGGCUGGAGGGCAGGUUCGGAAGGUGUUGGCUGCAGUUACCCACUUUGAGAUGCUUCGGAGCAAGGCGGGAGCAGCGAGGACUGAGGACCGCGAUUUACGUGUGGAGAUGGUAGAGGUAUUGCAACCGCAGACGCUGCAGACCAUGCAGGGGACCGUGCGAGCAAUGGUGCGCAUUGCUCACGCCAACAACCGGCCUUUGGUGCUCACACACGUGCUCAGCCUGGUGCCCACGGGAGCCUACUGCCAACUGCUGGUGGAGGGCGAGAACAGCAGCAGCGACAGCAACAACAACACCAAAAGCGGCAACCCCAAACACAGUAGAAGCUACAAUGACAGCCCUGGCAGCAGCUAUGACGGUAGCAGCAGCAGCAGCAGCGGCCGCAGGGGCGGAGGCCGCAGGAGCAGAGCUGAAGCCCGUAGGGGCCGGUCAGGCAGGCACGUGGUGGGGCACAGUGCGGCGGAUAGUCUUGACGGCAUGCCGGCAGUUAACGAAACGGCUGCUGCUGCUGCUGCUGCUGAUCGCUAUCCUCCGUCCGAGUCCCAUGGUGCCCUCCGGCCGCUGCUCUGCUUCCUACGGGCAGAGGCAAUGGCUGAGCCGCUGCGGGCGGUAUGGGAGGAAUCGGUGGCAGCGGACAAGGCGGAGCGGCGGCGAGCCAUCAUUGCCGCGGCGUCUGCCGAGCCUGACCCGUGGGUCACUUCCUCCCAACACACCACCACCGCCACCACCCUAGCACCGCCCAUCCCGUCCCCCUGUCCUUCUCCAGCACCCACAUCCCCUUCCUCACCCACUCUACCACUGCUGUUGCGUACCGGGGAUGUCGUAGAGGCUAUCUUGUCACAUGGCCACAGUAACAAAAGGGCCUCUGUAGCCAUCGGUCAGCUAUAUCAGUGUGAGGUUCAGAGCAUUCCGGCGGGCCUUGCAGCGGGUGCCGCCGGGGGGGGUGCGACGGCG